GAGGAUGGGCGACAAUAACAUUGAAAUACUUUUGCUGUCCCAAUUACACGCCGCAUUAUUAAAUAUGAAAAUCCACCAAAAGUUGUAGUUUGCUGACAACUGUGUUAUGUGUAGAAAAGUGUGUCUAUAUACAGCAAUCGGAUUCAGAAAUAUCUAAUAUUCAAAUUCGAAUUUACAUCAUAUGAAAUGAAAAUUCCGCUGUUGGUUGAGCGCUUUGUACAAUAGCUUUAACGGAACCUUUCUCCAUUUUGUGAAACAAUUCGGAAUAUGUCUAUUGGCUGGUACUCGUUACACUCGGCACAACCUAUUUGCACAAGGCUGGGCAGUAAAUAUUAUCGCAUGAGUUCAAACAUCGUUCCAUAAUAAGCUCUAAAAAACCUUUGACCAAAACAUUUGAGAAUUUUAGGCGGAGAAAAGGUAUCGGUAACAAGGGAGAAGUAUAUCUUGCAGAGCCAGAAACAUAUCUUUCGAAUGAAAUUUUGAUAGGAUUUUAGACCAUUUCAAGAACCCAUUUAAAAUUAAUUAACAGGAAAAUGCCAAGUUAAUAAGCUUACUUCGUGUGGGAUGUAGAAAAGUAGGCUGGCUAUGUUGAAGCGAAACGCUCUGGAACUAAAAUACCGGCACCAACUCUUCUAUGUCGUGUUUAUUUCAAACCGCCAAUAUUUCUGAACGAAGACUUUCAAGAUGCAAUUUUUUGCUAUACUCAUAAUUAACACAUAAUUAUUUACAUUAGUAAGUACAAAUAUAAAAAUAUGCCCAUUAUGCUUGACAAUUUGCCCUUUGGCUUCACAAAUGACGGAGAACGAGCUACGUUACAUGUUUUAAAGUCGCCUACCGUAGAAGUCGACGUUUCUGAUUACGGAGCCACAGUAGUUGGAAUAAGAUGUUUAGACAAAUUUAGUCGAAUGGAUGACGUCAUAAGCGGUUUUUCUGGAGUGCAUGGUUAUGAAAGGCAUUCAAAACAGAUAGGAAGCGCCGUUGAACAUGGAUGUUCAGAACAAAACGGACGAUCCUCGGAUAACAGCAUUGGCAAGAGAAUAUGGAAAUCGGAAACCAAUGGGACACGGAGUGUGACAUUCAAAUAUGUUCGACGCGACGAUGAAGAUGGUCAAACAGGAAAUGUGAACUUGUUCGUAAAAUAUAAACUUCAGGGUUCUCAACUGCAAGUUCAACACAUGGCAACAACAGAUAGAGACACAACGAUCAACAUGACGAACAAACUAUAUUUCAAUCUUUCGGGACAUACGCUGUGGGGCGGCGAUUUGAAACAUCAUUUGGUGACAUUAUAUUCAAACUCCUAUAUCGACUCAUACGGCGAGGCAAGAUCCGUCGAAAACACUGUAUUUGAUUUACGUAAACCAACAUUCCUCAGUAAGGAUCGAAUCGUAGGAAUCCAACCCGCACAAGAGAAACCAAAUGGGAGAAGUUUCUGUUUGUCAUCAAGCGAACAUAAAAAGCUUGUAGCAAGAAUCAAGCACGUAUCAAAUGGAAGAAUUGUUACCAUUGAAACGUCACAACCUUUUGUUUCGCUUGAUUGCGCCAGUGACUUUGAUCUUGUGGAAGGAAAAAAUGAAGUCAAAUAUAAUAGGCAUUCAUGUGUUGCCGUUACUCCUCAGAAUCAUCCUCCAUGUUCAGAAAAGAUUGAUGCGCCACAACGAGUAAAUCUAAAAGCGGGAGAUUCUUUCGGUCAUUCGACCUGGUAUAGUUUUUCUCAUACUUUGUGACUUGUCUGAAAAAAUACAUCUACAUUCAUUGUCAAGUUGAAAAAAGGUCGAACAUGGAACCACGAUUAAGUGGAAAAGAAUCAAAUUUUGGCACUAGGUUACUAAGAGACGAAUUUGCAGCUACCGCUUUCCAUGUGAUGGUCGAAUAUGUAGUUCGGGGUUUUACUCAUUCGUAUAGUAAUAACAUUUGCUAUGAUUAACGAGAAUCGAACACUCGACUGAAUGUACAGUUUUUCUUUCUGCCACUUUUUGCUUCACCCUAUAUUUCUAUAUCGCACUGGUAUUAUGUUUUUGUAUUUCCAUUCAUUCUGUAUAUGCAAAUAAAUAUAUGAUUUAUACACGUACAUAAGGCCUGUUUACUUUAAAGUUUAACCGAUCUAGCAAACUACAAAAGGACACUAUUUCACGCUCCAGUGGUUCGCGCAAGUUUCAAAUUGUUUCUUUAGGUCAGUGGUUUCCAACCUGGGGUUCGCGGAGCACUUUUCAUGGGGUCACAGAACAAAAUAAUUUUACGUUCAACUUUUUUCCAUAACAGCUAUCGUAAUCAGUGA